AAACCAAGCAACAAGAUCCAGAGUCACAAUGAAGCAUUGUGGAGUAGUGUUAAGGGUACUGGUAUUGUUGGUAUGUGUCUCGUCUAUACACAAUGGGCUGGCCAUGGAGGAAGAAGGGCUGUGCAGCUCUUCUGCUUAUGACUAUGGUGAUGCACUUGGCAAAGCCAUCUUAUUCUUCGAAGGGCAACGCUCAGGAAAAUUGCCAUCAAGGCAGAAAGUGAAGUGGAGGGGAGACUCCGCACUCUCUGAUGGGCACACUGAAAAAGUGAAUUUAAUCGGAGGAUACUACGAUGCUGGUGACAACGUUAAGUUUGGAUGGCCGAUGGCAUUUAGUGUGAGCUUGUUGAGUUGGGCUGCAAUUGAGUAUAAGAAAGAGAUAUCUUCUGCUAACCAACUUCACCACCUCCGCACUGCGAUUCGUUGGGGCACUGACCUCAUAUUGAGAGCUCACUCUUCACCCACCACGCUGUAUACACAGGUGGGAGAUGGUAAUUCAGACCACCAGUGUUGGGAGCGUCCUGAAGACAUGGACACCCCUCGAACUCUCUACAAGAUCACCUCAGAAUCUCCAGGCACUGAGGCAGCAGCUGAGGCUGCUGCUGCUCUUUCUGCAGCUUCAAUUGUCUUCAAACGGGUUAAUUCCAAUUAUUCAACAAGGCUACUAAACCAAUCACAAUCACUGUUUGAAUUUGCAGACAAGUAUAGAAAAUCUUACAGUGAUUCUUGCCCUUUCUAUUGCUCAUAUUCAGGCUAUCAGGAUGAACUGCUGUGGGCUGCUGCUUGGCUACACAGGGCAAGUAGAGAAAAGAAGUACUUGAGCUAUGUCUUAAGCAACCAAGGGUGGAGUCAGGCUGUCUCUGAGUUCAGUUGGGAUAACAAAUUUGUUGGAGCACAGACGUUACUAGCAAAGGAAUUUUAUGGUGGGAAGAAAAAUUUGACCAAGUUCAAGAGUGAUGCAGAGUCAUUUAUAUGUGCAGUGAUGCCAAGGAGUAGCUCUGUACAAAUUCGAACAACGCCUGGUGGGCUAUUGUAUAUUAGAGAUAGUAGUAAUCUACAGUAUGUAUUAAGCUCUUCCACGGUGCUAUUCAUCUACACCAAAACCUUAAUUUCAUCUCAUGUUAAUGGAGUGCAAUGUGGUUCCGUGCAUUUCUCUGCCUCUCAAAUCAAAAAGUUCGCAAAAUCACAGGUGGACUAUAUACUGGGAAAUAACCCCAUGAAUAUGUCAUACAUGGUGGGCUUUGGCAGCAAAUACCCUAAGCAAUUACACCAUAGAGGUUCAUCCAUCCCCUCAAUCAAAGUUCACCCUGCAGAGGUGGAUUGCAACGAGGGCUUCUCAAAGUAUUACUCUUCCAGCGAACCAAAUCCAAAUACUCAUGUGGGUGCAAUAGUUGGAGGUCCCGAUUUAAAUGACCACUUCAACGAUGUGAGAUCCGACUAUUCUCACGCUGAACCUGCAACCUACAUUAAUGCGGCUUUUGUGGGUUCAGUGGCUGCUCUGCUAGCUGAAAGCAAAGAAGAGUGCUUACAAUUGCCACAGAUUAAUAAACCUGCUAAUAUGGCUAGCUAAGUGUGAUAUAUACUUCUAUCAAAAAAAAAAAAAAAAAAGUGUGAUAUAUACUAAAAAAGAGUUCAACCAGAAAUAUCACUUGAGGGCUCAAAUGAUCUAGAAUCUGAUCUUUGUAACUUGCACGAGUUCAUGAAAUUAAUUAAGAAGUACAAAGAUUCAAAUUA